UUUCCUCUCCCUGGGGUAAAUAUGCAAAUCCUAAGGGAAAGAUCAUUUCGUAACUUUCUGACUUUAUAUAGUUCAGCAGUUAUAUGCUAAUGCUACCACAGAUUUACUACUGUACUAGCUAGAGUUACUUGGGAACUUUGGUUUAAUUAAGUGUGGUUGUCUAUUUCUGCAUCUUGAAAAUCAGGCAUUAAUUAAUAGAGUUUUAAUUACUGAAAUAUCGAUAGGGAUGUAAACUAAACUUCCUGAAAUAAUAACCGUUUUAGGAAAAUGAUGAGACUUAAUUGAAAAUAAAUUGCCGUCAUGCCACCUAAACGAAAAGCAAAAGGGGCAAAAAAUUUGGGAGGGACGAUUUCUCUUCAUUUCAAAAAUUUGUCUGAUGAUGAUGAUAUUGGUUCAUUAAUCAGUGAAGUGGAUGAUUCAAAAGCACCGUAUAACUUGCACCAAAUAUCAAGCAAUCCACACAUGACAGAUGUAGAUAUUAAUUCCAAUGCAAUGGAUGCUUUCGCAUCGCAACUUUCUUCAGAUCCUCUCUCACAAGGCCCUUCUUAUUCAAAAUUCAUGGAAGUUGGCGACCCUUCUCCGUCCUCUCCUCCACAUAGCUUUACUGAAGAUGUUGAAUGUAAAAAGCAAGCUCCACCCAGACCGCUUAAACCACCUAAUCGAGAAUUCUCAUUUAAAAACAAAAUUCAUUCAAGUAGUAUUGAAAAGAAAUUGGAAUUAUCUGAUAUUCCUAAUAUAGCUGUUGGUGCUGCAGAAGAUUUGAAUGAAUCAAAAGAGAUUCAACAAUUGAAAGCUUCGCCAUCUCUUAGUGCACCAACACAAUGUGUGACCCAUCCUCUCGUACUUUCUACAUCUGAUAAUGAGGAAGAAGAUUUUGAUGAUAUGAGUGAGACUCCUAUUUCACGAUAUUGUGACAAGGCUGACCAAGCUAUGAACACUCCAGAAGUCUCUACCAAGGAUAUGAUAUCAAGUGUAAUUUUUGACCCAAAAGCACGAACUCAACUUUUUUCCAAUAUAAAGAAAAACAUACAACAGUACACUGGUACAGGCACUAAACCUCAUAUUGAAAAUGCAUCCAAUAGGCCAGUAGAAACAGAUGUUGGACAUGAAGGUGAUGGACAUUCCACUCCAGUUUCUCGUACAUCUUAUCAUUUGAUGGGGAAGAAUGCUGAUUCUCUAAACUUUUCUCCUAAGACUGUGCCUGAAUUGAGGAAGAGAUCUGCAUCGGACUACGAUGUGAUUGAUAAUAAGACUUCUAAAGAUUUAAUGAGACCUAUUGCUGAACCACAAAGGUCAUCGACAGUUGCAAUGAGCUUUUCUUCAUUACUUGCUGAAGGAAAGAAAAGUAAAACUGAAGAUUCUCUUUCAAUUAAUUCUAAUAGCAAUUCAUUUGAAGACGUAGAAGAAUCAGCCGUGGAGCCAAUGCUUGACAAGUCUGGCAUGAUGAAAUCGUCAAGUAUGGAGAAAACAGCAGAUAACGCAUCACCGAAGCAGAAACUACUUUCUCCAGUGAAAAUUGCCACUUCAUCUACGCCCAUAUAUUUGCUUUCGUUUCUCGCAUAUUUAGCGUAUCUUUAUUUUGUGCUGCCACUGCCAUUUUUGAUGCACAUAGUUAUAUCAUCAUUUAUUUUUGGUGUAAUUUGUUCGACACUGGCUUUGUGUAUAUUAACUCCUCAAAGACCUCAACUUAAGGAAAUCAAGCAGCCCUAUGUCAGUCAACCAAUACCAUAUCGUAUUCCUAAGUCUGUCUUUAAUCCAGAUCAGGCUUUUAAGGGCUGGAUGAACCAAAUUGAAAUUUAUGAACCUGAUAGUUAUCAUGUCAAUGCCACUCGAUCUGUUUUUGUUACCUUGGAAGGGAAGGAUUUGCGCUUGCAAACACCAAACAGAAAUAUUCCUCGUCGUGCAGCAUUUGGGGAAGGUAAUAUUCAGUUAUUAAAUGUUGUUCAUCAUAAAAUUUGGGAUAUAACUAAAGCUAAGGUCUACCUUGUUCCUUAUGGAUUGGUUAAGAAACGAGUUUGGAGCAAGAAAUAUCCAAUAUGCAUAGAGUUUCCUCCUAACAAACCCCAUCGAAGCAAAAGUACUCAUAAAAAGGGGCAAAUGCAGGACCAUCAAGAUUCUUUUGAUAUUAUAUCUGAUGAUGAUCUGAUUGAAAAAAUUUAUCUUUUUGGAAGAACUCAGAGACAAAAAGAAGAAUGGUUUUAUAGGUUUCAGAGAGCUAUUCAUCUGGCAAAGGCAAACACACCUACGAAGUUGGAAAGUGCAACAGAUGAGGUUGAUAUACCAAGCACUGACCAUGCAUUUCAUGGUGUCAACGAUGUUCUUAAAACAUAUCACGAUUAUUAUACAUCAAUGUGUCGAUUGCUUCCUGAUCCUACAGUUUACACUACCGAGCGAUCAGGUUCGUCGCCACGUACAAAGCAUGACGGUACUGUAAAUAUAGAUCAGUCAAGGGGCGUUAAUUAUUUUGUUUCCUCAAGCAGUCAUGAUGCGCUUCCUGAAGUUAUUUUGUCACAACCUAGACACAUAACGAUACCAUCACAUCGUGCUGGCGAGCCUGGAUUGGAAGUUGCAUGGUUCAAUGUUGUUGUUGGAAGAGUAAUGUUUGACUUUUUACGGAGGCCAAAAUGGGCAAAUUGGCUUUCUACUAAAAUCCAGAAGAAACUUGAAAAAAUUCGGUUGCCUUAUUUCAUGGAAGGACUCAAGCUCACAGAAAUGGAUCUCGGUACAACCAUACCUCUCGCUCAUAAAAUAUCCCUUCCAAGAUUAGAUUCACAGGGAAUUUGGUUGGAUAUGGAUAUAACAUACAAUGGAGCAGUCCAAAUGACACUCGAGACGAAAAUGGUAUUGACAAAACUAGGAAAAAAAGAUUCAGCAAUAUCUGUUGAUAAAAAAGGACAUGAAGAAAAAUCCGCAAUUACAAACAGUGAGGAAGAGGACAGUGCAGAAUCUUCUGAUGAUGAUGAAUCAAUGUUUACAAGUCCGUUGGCAUCUUCAACUCUGCAAAACUUGCUACCAGGUGAUACUCCGCUUUUUCAAAGCAAGGAUAAACACCAGAAAUCGAAAUCUCCUCAGCCCAGCACAAGUUCAACCCCACAACAGGAGAAGCGAUGGGUACGAAUUGUGGAUAGCAUCACCAAAUCGAAAUAUUUUCAAAAAGCAACAGAGAAUAGUUACAUCAAGAAGAAACUGGAAACUGUGUCAAAUACUCCUUUGAUUCUGAUGGCUGAACUCCAUCAAUGUCAAGGCACAAUUUGUGUCAACAUUCCACCUCCGCCAUCUGAUCGUAUCUGGUAUGGGUUUAAAGAUCACCCACAUAUGGUAUUGAAAGCUCAUCCUAAACUAGGUGAAAGAGCAGUUAAAACUUCUGCUAUAACAGAUUGGAUAGAGAAAAAAUUAGUACAAGAAUUUAAUAAAGUUCUUCUAAUGCCAAAUAUGGAUGACAUUCCUAUUCCUCUGAUGUUCAAUAAUCUGGAGCAAUCAUCAUAAUAAUGUUAUGUGAGUUUUGUGAAUAUUCAGAACAAUGGUAGAUUGGACAAUUUCUAAUAUAUUUUAUCACUUUCUUGCUACUACGUGAACUAUGUAUUAACAAAAGAGCAGCGAGUAUGACAAAUUAAUCAACAAAGUGGGAUUGUUAUAUGUGUAGAAUUUACUUUACUGUAAUUUGUGGGUAUUAUUGUCUGAAUUAUCUAUUUUAAGUGCUUUCUUUUUCUGAAUUCAUUCGGGUAUGAAGUUAAUAUGUCUGUAUGAUAUAAAUCAUACUAUUAUUUGAAUUUUCCUAUUGUAAACUGUGAAGGUAUGGUCACUCGUGUGGAAAACCAUGGCCCAUUUUUGAGACAUUAUCACGGCGUGUUAGCAAUAGAGAUGUACUGGUGUCGUCCAUUUUUUAAAUAUCAGUAUUGGUUAAGAUUUGACUGAUAUAGCCAGUAUAUUCGGCUCUCUGAUCUGAUCCAGAAUGUUUUGAAGGAAAAGUUGGUACACGAAGAAUGUUGUUAACUGAAUUUCAGUUACUGAAAUCAGCAUAUGUACUCGUCCCAAUAUCGUGACUAGAAACAGUUAUUUAGUAUCUAUAGACAUCAUGGCGUUUUAAACUUAACUUCUUAUGUUUAUAAAUUCCAUUUUGUAUCAAAUAUACUACCGGUAACUUAUAACUAAGGUUUAUUUAUAGUUUACUCGGAUUUAAUUGAAUAUAGGCAUCAUAAAGCAUUCAAAAACUACCGUUGGCCACAGGGGAUUUUCCUCGUUGUGCAAAAUACAAAUUAUGAUGUUGUCUCUAACUUUUAAGUUUGUACACUAAUUACUCUUCAUUAAGAACGAAUGCCUCUGAUUCCUACAUGCUUUUGAACUAUUUUCGCUACCUACCCAGCGCCUUUGCACAACAAAAUUCAUGCUGAACCUACAAUUUUUAUUUAAUAGAAAUAUCGAGGCCUAACUUUCAAUGCGAUUCAAUUAAUUUAAGUGGUGCAUCUAAAUAUCGAUUUAUCAUGUUCUUAGAUAUCUGUUCUUCAAGUUGACACCAAUAACAUUGUACAUACAUUGAUGAUGAUUACAAAUUUUUGGUAUCUUUGAUAUCGGCAAUUUGAAAUAUUGUUGUAUCGGUAUCUGUGUUUUUGCGGUAUCGGAUCGGUAUCAACGAAAAAAGCGUUAUCGGUACAUCUCUAGUGAGCGAUCUUCAAUUGUCACGAGUAUGCUCAGACGGCCACUGUUUGUGUUGGUGCCGUUGGACAUUAUUUUAUUGAUAUUUUUGAAUUCUUCAAUAGGAUGUUUGAUGCAUCAUCACGCAAGAGUGUUAUGUAUAAAACCUUGCUUUAUAUAGACGUUGCUUGUGGUUAUUUCAGGUUGAACGAACGAAAUAUUUUUGCUUGUAUAUAUCAAUAGAUAAAACAAAAGAUAUUAUGGGAAGUACUGAUAUUUACUGAAUCUUUCUUACUUUUCACAAAGAUCAUAUCUUUCUCAGACAAAAUAAUGUAUCAUCCACAUUUUGUAUGCAUUCAUCAGAAGGUCAAAGGGACAGUUUUAAUUAAUUCUGCAAUAAAAAAUUAAUAAUAACCGUGAUAUAUCAAAAUGUUUUAAGAUAUAAUUGUAUUCGGUAGAUGUGGAAUUUACAUGGGGUACAAAUUUUUUUUUUAUAUGAAAUAAUUUGGGAUGACAAAAGUUGGUUCCUAAGGAUAAAGAGCAGUUUAACAUAGUUCUUGAAACCUUUUUGCAACGAGGUAAAAUUCAUGUUUCUUUUUACCAGUUCCAAAACUAAUCUUCGAUGCAAUUUCAAUAUUAGUCAUUUAAUUUAUGCGCAAUGCUGGACCUGUGCAGUUUUAAAUUUUUGUCAAUCAUUUCUGAUGCAAUUAUCACAGUGUUAAUAAUUAUUAUAUCUUGUUGUCCGAAAUAAACUAUUUGUUUAUUUA